CUCUAUGAUUUCAAAAUAGAAUUACAGAAACUAUAUAAUCUAUAAUAAAGUAUGACAAUAAUUUGUAUGACAAUUAUAUAUAUGGUGGUGAUAAACAAAUAAAUGGGGUUUGAUUUUUACACAUAAAAGUUUGGUGACAACAAUUCAUCUUUACAUUUUUGUGUUCCCAAAGGAUAUGGUCAAUGUUCAUUAAUCAACACCCUUGGAAAUAUAAUAUUCACACUCCUUUGAAUUAAGAAUAUGUGAUAGUUGCUACUUGCUUGUGAAUCUACACUCACUGUUUUUUUCCAAUUGCCAUCUUUUGUCAGUAAGUCAUUUUUGUUGAAUAACCUCUUUCCUUUGCUCCUUGUGGUCAAACAGAGAACAACCAAUAUGGUCAAAGUUCAAAAUGAACACAGCCACAUAGGGACUCAAUCCAGACAUCAGAAUUGAAAAAAAAAGCCUAAUAAUUGCUAGGGUCUCAAUUCGGGUUCAGUUUUUCGGGUUUACCCGAAACCGAUCCGAUUAUAUACAUUUUCAGUUUUUUCGGGUUUGGGUUCGUUUCGGUUUCGGAUUUUUGGUUUUAGGUUCGGUUUUGCUUAUCAGUUUUUCGGGUUCCGACUAAAAACCUCCAAUAAAUAGAACUCAGUCCGUAUUUUUUAGGCGUUCGGGUUUUCGGGUUUCGGUUUUGCUUUAACCGAUCCCGAACCCGAUAAGGAAUUUUUGGGUUUCGGGUAAUCGGAACCGCAAGUUCUUAUCGGGUUCGGGUUCGGUUUUAGUGAUUUUCGGUUUUGGAUUUUUUCGGGAUUUGGUUUGGGUAACCGAACCCGACCCGAACUGAAACCCCUAAUAAUUGCUGUGUAACCCUUGAGCAUCUUGUAACCUAAGAUCUUGACUGAGACUAUUGCGAGCCUCCUCUCCAGUGCCCUCGAUGAGCUGGCUUCGUCCCUGUCUCCAGCUCCAAUAAUGCUGCAUGCGAAUUAAAGUCCAUCUCAACUGUGAGAUUGACAUAUUGACACUCGUUCAUAUUAUAGCACUGGUCCUGCAAUGCAUCUUCUACAAUAUCCAGCCAGCUAGGCUGAGGCUCCCCCAAUAUGAUUCGUCUCUGUCCGUCCAUCUUUCUUACUGUAUUAUCUUCUUCUUCUUCUUCUUCUUCUUCUUCUUCAGUAUUCCUCGCCCUCAACGAAUUAUUGGUUAUCAGAUAGAAAAGAGGACCACCCAGAGGAAAACGUGGAACUCCUUUUAAAACAGACUGUGAUGGAUGGGCGUCAAUGGCACCACCAGUACAAUACAACUGCUGAAGAUAUUUUUUUUUGGCAGUGCAAUAAUGCAAAAGCAUUCUCAGUCCAGUCUAUAUAAAUGCCACUCACUUCAGCAGCUCAAAACCCAUCAUCCCAAGUUAGAAGGACAGAAGGGAGAAAGAAGAGAAACAGAGUAGAUUGGUUUUGGUUUCAGUCUUUCAGAGCAGAGAGCCAUGCCGUCGUCGAUGAUUUGGAGGAGAGGGAUGCACACAUUGGAGCGACUCAAGGCCGCCAGAAUCCCAGAAGAUGUGAUCACGCAGGGUCAGGAGCGAGUCAUCGAUGCUUCCCUCACUCUCAUUCGCGAGAAAGCAAAGCUCAAGGGAGCGGUGGUUCGUGCACUGGGAGGCGCGGUGGCGACUAGCUCGUUGCUUGGAAUCCCGUUGGGACAUAACUCCUCGUUCCUGCAAGGUCCAGCUUUUGCUCCUCCUCUCAUUCGGGAGGCAAUGUGGUGUGGCAGCACCAACUCGACCACCGAAGAAGGUAAAAUGAUCGAUGAUCCCCUGGUUAUGGCUGAUGUUGGGGAUCUUCCUGUGCAAGAAAUGAGAGACACUGGUGUGAGUGAUGAUAGAUUGAUGGAGGUCGUCAGUGAAUCUGUCAAAAUCGUGAUGGAAGAGGCUCCAUUGCGGCCACUGAUUCUAGGUGGGGAUCAUUCGAUUUCUUACCCGGUAGUGAGAGCUGUGUCGGAGAAGCUGGGAGGGCCGGUGGAUGUUCUUCAUCUCGAUGCUCAUCCGGAUAUCUACGACGCAUUUGAGGGAAACAAGUACUCUCAUGCUUCUUCGUUUGCCCGGAUCAUGGAAGGUGGUUAUGCUCGCAGGCUUCUGCAGGUGGGCAUCAGGUCGAUCAACAAAGAAGGUCGUGAACAAGGGAAGAGGUUUGGAGUGGAACAGUACGAGAUGCGGACCUUCUCCAAAGACCGCCAUUUCCUCGAGAAUCUGAAACUAGGGGAAGGGGUGAAAGGUGUGUACAUCUCCAUCGAUGUGGACUGUCUCGACCCAGCGUUUGCUCAUGGAGUGUCUCACUUCGAGCCUGGCGGGCUGUCCUUCAGGGAUGUUCUGAACAUCCUCCACAACCUGCAAGGUGAUAUCGUGGCUGCAGAUGUGGUGGAGUACAACCCCCAGAGGGACACUGCUGAUGGGAUGACUGCCAUGGUUGCUGCUAAGUUUGCCAGAGAGCUCACAGCCAAAAUGUCCAAGUGAUCAUAUAUCCAUCAUCAAUAUUCAAAAUCAUGUUGUCUCAAGUGAUCAUUAUAAAUCGGUAAUUAAUGAUGCUUAUUACCCUAAUAGUUGCUCAUUGGCAGUCCUCUUUACACCUGCCAGGGCAUCAUAUAUGUCAUGAAUAAAUAAAAGAUGGAAGG